GACAUCAUGAGGAUGUUUGCUAGAUUCUAGUUUUCUAUCUAGUGUUUCCUAACUUAUCUUUUGUAGCUUAACUGUUUUUUAAAAGUUUGAAGUACAAAAUGAACAGACAGGUCGACUGUGAUGCAUAUGAAAUAGAAGAGCCGAGUGACGAAGAUCGAGCAGAAGACAGCUCUGAAGAUGAGCUGGAUGUGCUCUUGAAUGGUACCCCGGAUCAGAAGAGGAAGCUCAUCCGAGAAUACCUAACUGGGGAGAGUGAGUCCUCCAGUGGGGAUGAGUUUGAGAAAGAGAUGGAGGCAGAGCUCAGCACCACCAUCAAGACUAUGGAGUGCAAAUGGACACCGUCUAUCGCUACAGGGGAGGCUUCCGGUACCAAUGGCAAUGUUCCAGCACCUGGGUUACCGCUGCCAGAGUAUUAUGACAACAUUUAUUUUGACUCAGAUGAGGAAGAAACUGCUCCAGGCAGUUCAUCUGGUCAGAAACGCAGGAAACAGCGAUCUAUCCCCACCAACGAUGAACUGCUGUACGACCCUGAUGAGGAUGACCGGGAUCAGGCAUGGGUGGAUGCCAAGAGGAGGAGCUACAAUGUGAAGAGAAAAUUGCCAUCUUUAAGAAACCAAAAAGCGCAGUCUGAGAGACUUUCAAGCAGUGACGCUGUGCUUAACUGCCCAGCAUGUAUGACCACGCUGUGCCUUGACUGUCAGAGACAUGACAAAUACAGGACCCAGUACAGAGCCAUGUUUGUUAUGAACUGCACAGUAAACAAAGAAGAGGUUUUACGGUACAAAACGCUCAGUGAGAAAAAUCUGAGAAACAGAAAGAGGAGGAAAGGGCGCCAACCUGAGUCAAUGCUGUCAGCGUCUGCACCAGUGGAAGCCACAGAUUCAGGAGCAGCGCUGGGGCCGGGCGGAGAGGAGGUCUACCAUCCUGUCCAGUGUACAGAGUGCUCCACUGAGGUGGCAGUGCUUGACAAAGACGAGGUCUACCACUUUUUUAACAUUCUCGCCAGCCACUGCUGAAAAUAGAUAUUGUUGAUGUGAUCUUUGUGAUAUCUCGGAUAAGACUUUUGGUUCCUGUGUGUGUAUUAGACAGGCAUGUAAAGUGUAAAGGUUUUGCUGUACAGCCACAAUCUUCAACUUAAGAUGUUUACCCCUAUGGUAUUUAUUUUGUGUGGGUUUUAUUUCAGGAUAACAAAUCAACUUUAAUUUUUCUGAAGUUGUACCUGGUCACCACAGAUCUUUGCUCAUAUUAAAAACAACCGUUUUACUU